UGGGGGCUGCUGCUCCUCCCUUCUUGGGGAGGCACAUGCUGUCGUCCCCAGGCAGUGAGACUUGUACUUGUGCCACCUGGGGGGUGUGUGUGUGUAUAAACAUGUGCACGUGUGCACAGGCAGGCAGACUUGGGUGAGGGGGCAAGCCCAAUCAUAACCCCAAACUCCUUUGGUUAGAAAGAGAAGGUUCUGAAAAGAGUUCUGGAGAGCAGUUGGACAGCCGUAUGCAUGGACUUAUUUGAAUUGUACACUUAAAGAUGCCUAAGACAGUAAGUUUUAUGUGUAUUUUACCACAGUCAAAAAAAAAAAGAAAAAAAGAGAGAGCAAAUGUGGUAAUACCCGUUUGGCACAGCCUAAGGAAAUCAUUCUAGAGUCCUGAAAACACUUGACGUGUGGGCUUGCUGAUGGCAGCUGGAAGGAGGUGAGAUCUCCAAGCCUUUCACGUGUACUUUUGGAAACUUGUCUUUGCACCAGAACCCAAGAAGAAUGGGUUUCCUGCCUUCUUUAUGUGGACUCCUCCCUUGGAUCUCAUUUUGCCCAACGGCGGUACUCCAGCAGGCCCUGCAAGUCCGGCUUCUUCAUCUUCCCUUCUCAACAGACUACAGCUUGAUGAUGACAUCGAUGGUGAGACCAGAGACCUCUUUGUCACGGUUGAUGAUCCCAAGAAGCAUGUCUGUACGAUGGAGACCUACAUCACUUACAGGAUCACCACCAAAAGUACUCGGGUGGAGUUUGACCUGCCAGAAUAUUCUGUUCGUCGAAGAUACCAGGAUUUUGACUGGUUGAGGAACAAACUGGAAGAAUCCCAGCCCACUCAUCUCAUUCCCCCACUUCCUGAGAAGUUUGUGGUAAAAGGUGUUGUGGAUCGUUUUUCAGAAGAGUUUGUGGAGACCAGAAGAAAAGCUUUGGAUAAAUUCCUGAAAAGAAUUACGGAUCAUCCUGUGCUUUCUUUCAAUGAACACUUUAAUGUUUUCCUUACUGCUAAGGACCUGAAUGCCCAUAAGAAGCAAGGGAUGGCAUUGCUGACUCGAGUGGGUGAGUCGGUCAAGCAUGUCACUGGCGGCUACAAGCUGAGGAGUCGGCCUCUCGAGUUUGCAGCCAUAGGCGAGUACUUAGACACAUUUGCGCUCAAGCUGGGAACCAUUGAUCGAAUAGCCCAGCGGAUCAUCAAGGAGGAAAUAGAGUACCUUGUAGAGCUGAGAGAAUAUGGGCCUGUGUACUCCACAUGGAGUGCGUUAGAGGGGGAGCUGGCUGAGCCCCUGGAGGGUGUGUCAGCCUGCAUCGGCAACUGCUCUACAGCCUUGGAAGAGCUGACAGAGGACAUGACAGAAGACUUUCUACCUGUGCUCAGGGAAUAUAUUUUAUACUCUGACUGCAUGAAGAGCGUGCUGAAGAAAAGGGACCAAGUGCAAGCCGAGUAUGAAGCCAAACUGGAAGCUGUGGCUCUGAGGAAGGAAGAGCGGCCCAAGGUACCAGCAAAUGUAGAGAAAUGUCAGGAUCGGAUGGAGUGUUUCAAUGCUGAUCUGAAAGCCGACAUGGAGAGGUGGCAGAACAGCAAGAGGCAGGACUUCCGGCAGCUGCUCAUGGGAAUGGCCGACAAGAACAUCCAGUAUUAUGAGAAGGAAGAAGAGUCUGUAUCCAGGUGGGCCUCGAAGAUGCCAAGUGUGACAGCGAACUCUUUGCUACUGGUUAAGCUGAAACCUCCUCAGUUUGCAGCCACGUUCCUGGGGACGGCUGCAUCUGAAGUCUUCAUUUCAAACUAUUAGCAGGUUUCCUUUUCAAGUGUGUCAACACAAAACAGACAGACAAAGAGGAUCUCUCUUCCAGCUUGUUUUUUUCCCCUCAUGAAGUUAAAACUACCUGUGUCAUGUUUGUGUUCUCUCGUCUGUGGCUCAUCUCUAUAAAAUUACAAAUCUGAGCCUCAAAUAAGCGGUAGUAUUAUUUUUUUUUAAUAAAACAGCUGUGCUGAGACACUGCUGCGUUUGCAAGUGAACCUGCAAAUACUGGUCAACGUGCAGACUGCUGAGGUCACUGCAUUCCGCUUCUAGCUGCAGAUCUUGGGGCAGCCACGGCUGUGAUGCUGGUGGGGCAGCCGUUGGACAGCCCAGGACAGUUUGGUUCUGCUUCAUCGUGUUUGAAAAAGUCGCGGUUUAAGUGAUAAUUUGUAUAUCAGUUGGUACUUGUGCACACUGUUAGACCCCAUUUGUGCUAUUCUAAAAUCCUUUGAUGUGAAUUUUCUGUUUGGUACAAUUAGAGAUGAUUCAUUGAAGCAGAAGGGUAAGAACAGUCCAUAGACCCCGAGUGGUGAGUCAGUGUUUCCUUCUACCUCUAAACCAUCCUGUUGGUGUGGGUGUCGAUGUCCAGGUCCAGCCUGAAAGCUUGCUGGUGGAAUCGGGGCAUGCAUGUGAUAGUGGGUUGAUGGCCUUCUAUGGCUAUUUGGCAGAAAACUCUAGACUGACCCAGAGGCGAAUGCUUAUCUUUGGGAACAUGUGAAGUCUUGCCUGGUGGAACGUAUGCUUUAAAAAUGUUGUCCAGUGUGAUGAACGCUUGGAAAGAACUGUGGAAGGAGUUCCAGGAAGACUAGACUCUAGUCUGCUGCUAGUUGCCAAAGCCCAGGCACAUUCCUGUGGAAGGGUUAGAUGGGCAAGAAGGCAGCCCUACCAAAAAAAAAAAAAAAAAAAGAAAAAACCAUCAGGUUCCUUGCUAGGAUAUAUGGGGAAGGGGAAGGGGUUGGGGUACACAGUCAUCCCCUUACAUUAUUGGAGGCAGAAGACUGGUUCUGAAGGGAUGCAGGCAUCUUGGGCUUUUAUCUUUCUCUGUUUGGUCUCCCUGUGAUGUGCCUGUGCUUUAAGGCUCCAGAGAGAGCUGGAAAAGGCAAACCGACCUCCAGCGUGCCAUUGAUAGCAGAGCUUGGAGGACCAGGGUAUCUUGCAGACUUCCUUGGAGAAAUGGUCUUUCCAGAAAAGGGACCUUUGUCCCUUACUUCUGGCUGGCAUCUGAUGAGGUGAGGAGGCUGGCGCAGAAUGCCAGGGACAGUAGGCAGCGGAGGAGGCCUUCCAGCCCUUCCCACCCCCGCGGCUCCCUCGGGCCCCCGAGGGUCAGCAGCCCCAAGCAUUCACCUCUCCAUCUCCAUCAGCAUGAAGGUGAUUCCCUGUGAGAAGUGUAACCCAGAGACUUAAGUGCCAAAGACUGACCCGUAGAGGCUUCAUCACCCCAUCCUUCUUGGCUCCACAAAAGUCGGGGUGCUGAGAUCACUGACUCCUCUCUUGUAUUUAUUUUCCAAGAGGUUUUUGCUUGAGGAUGUGUCUUACCUCAGGCAGACACACGUGGACAGGUUGAGACUUGAGCACGUGGCAGUGGAGUGGAAAGUCAUCCCUGUCAGCUGUCCCUGGGCCGGGGAAGUGAAAGGUUCAGUUCACCUGGGUGAGAGAUCCAGGCUAGGGCAGAAGAGAGAAUUCCUAGAAACUGAGCAGAUCUUAAAGAUGCAGGUGAGGUUGAAGAGAGCAGUUGCGAUUUGCAGCCGAUAUGGACACUGCUCGUCCUUACCACAUGCUGGAUCUCCAAGAAGACUCUAGGCUGCUCUGCUCAAAGCAAGGAACCACUGCCCCUGCUCGAGCCAGGUUUGGGAUUGGAUUUUAUCAUUUUUUAAGACUUAACGAUGAUUCCUGGGUGACCUCAGAAAAGUGUGAUUAUGGACGUGACGGGCUCUUAUUUCACCGUGCUGCUCAUUGAACCCACCACACACCUUUCUAUAGCUGAAAUAACAAAUACCAGCACGACUCUGGGGAUGGUGGUGGAUGUAACCUAAGUUUGUCUUCAUGCCAGAUUUCAGCCACACCCAGAGUGUGUCCUUCAUGUUACUGACUUGAAUGUGUUUUCUCAGUGGCUGUCCACACAAGGGAAUUAAAUGCGCACCUGCUGCUCGUUUCCUGUGAGGCUGCCGUUUGUGUUGGGACGAUGGGCUGUUCUGUUUAGAGAAGGGCACGAUGCCGUGUGGCAGUGUGCACAUGGACUUUCCCUUGGGACGGUAUCAGCCCAAGAGGCACCCAGAGGUUGUGUGACUUGGCCCUGCUGUUGAUAGCAUUGAAAUCACGGGCACCUGGCUCUGUUUUGAUGCCAUUCGUUGGGCCACACAAGAGUCAUCCUCUGCCCUGUGUCCUGAGCUGGUGAGAGUGGUGGGAGAGCCAGGGCCAGAGCAGCCUGUCUUCUGAGCAGAAACGGCCCUUUAGAGCAGCCAGAGUAGAGCCCAGUUUUAACCCAUCCCAAGACCCAACACAGGUCUGCCUGUUGUCAGGGUACGGCACACAAGUCCUGGCCCCCACCUUCCCAGACACCUACUUUCAAGGUCUGUGGAAACUGGGUCAUCUCAUCCUGAGGCUGGGGUAACACUGCUUUGGCCAUCCCUGUCUGCAAAAUUGUUUUGGGAAUUUGGGUGUACCUUCUCCCUUUCAAAAAUCCUCCAUGUGCCACCAGAUUGAACACGCCCUCUCACUUACUGUGUUUUCUCUAUUCAGAUGACAUUUCCCUCAAAUUUACCUGCCAUCCCCCGGGCCAGACCUACAGAUUGAGCUGGAUGUGUUGGGAGUUGUUCGCCUCUUUGUGGUUUGUUAAUUGAGUGAAUAAACCAGGAACCUGAUUUUUCAUCAACCCACCCAAUAGGUGGUUUUGCUUUCUGUAUUAAGGAUGUCUGGUCUCUCCAUAGUUGCACAGAUCAGAGCAUGCGCAGGGCUGUCUACGUUAGAAAAGGUUUGGGGUGGGGGGGCAGUUACAGGGAGUGUGACUGUUUUUUCUUAAUCAGAUGUCUUUGAAAUGCUCUCCGGGUGUGACUGUCUGACCCCUUCUGUGUGGCAGAAGAAAUAUGUUAUCGAGGUAGUUUUUACUACUGUAGAUAGUCUGUAAAUAAGUGCUUUGAAAAAAUAACGUUAACAAACCAGUAAGAUAUUUGUCUGAUUCAUAAACAUUUUGUGUAUUUAGUGCUUGAAAGUCAACAAAUCCAGACUUUUAGAAAUGCCACAGACUGUUAAAAGCCUAACUCUACUUUUUGAGAAGUUGUCAACACCUGCUAAUAUGCCUUAUUCUUCAACUACUGUUUUUUAGAUUCUGGAUAGAAAGAGUUUUUAGAGAUGUAAUCAGUUGUUCAGUUUAAAUACUUGAGGCCUAACAUAGCCAGUCUUUGUUCCUCUUAAAGAAACAAGCAAGAAAGUGAGGUUCAUACUUAGGGCUGCCUUUUGGGAGGAGAAAGCUAAGUAUUGCUAUUGCCAAAUGAUAUUUUUGAUAAUGUAAGGAAACACAGGGACCACAAAACCUUUUUGUUGUUGUUGUCGUUGUUGUUUUAAAGUGUGAAAGAUUAAUUUAGUGCCUUUUGGCACCUUUUUGAUAUUACGGUAUCAGCACCGACAAAUCACUUAGAUACAGAGAACUCUAUAGAUUAUGACAAUAUUAAAUGUUUACCCUGAUUCUGUAGAACAGCUUCUUAAAAGAUACCGUGGGGGCCUCAGAGCAGCAUAUUUUACAUAGAAAUUCUCCGCAGGUUGAAAUGCCAAAAACGCGAAACGUGCUGUUGACACGCGUAAUUUAGCCCUUUGUCAGAGAGCUUUUACUAUUAAAACCAGCGAUUGGGUACAGCACGUGCGCCUCUCUGGGCGGCGCUGCCCUCUCACCGGGUCAUUCUGGGUGGCCGGUAGGCCAGGUGUGAGCAGGUGACACCUGCCAGCUCCCCUGUGUGACAGGCUGGCUCACAGUCUCAGACCAUCCCUCCAGUCACAAAUGAUACUGGAAGGAGGGAAGGGGGAUUGCUUUUUCCCCAGUGGGGAAGUGGGGAGGGGAAAGUACAUUGCAAACAAAAAUGUGACUCAGUGGGACAAAACAAAGCCCGUGUCAGCUGGGCCCCCGUCGAAUAACAAACCAGCAGUUCUUAGCAGUCAGCACCGUUCUCCUGGGCACCCCGGAGGUUUUGGUCCGUUGUACUCUUGUACCUGUUCCCUUGAUGUCUGUGUGUCGGGAAUGCGUUCAGACAUGAUGUACAUCUGAUAUAUUCCCGUGAAAUAAGCUGCCAGCAAACUUUCUAACUUGUAUUUUAACUGUUGGAAAAACAAACAAGCAAAAAAAAGCCUUUUGCUUAGGUCAUGUCCAAGUUAUGGACUGUUUAUUAUUUUAGAAAUCAUUCUUUACAUUUAAAAUUUUACAAGAAAAACCCUGAGGUAUUGAUCAAGUCCUCCGUGUAAAUGUGUGCUCUUCUCUCCGUGCUGCUGUUCAGCCACAUCAAAAGCUGUGGGGAAAAAAAAAAUAAAUGUGCUUGAGAAUGUGUGUCCUAGAUGAGAAGGCAACUUAUUUCCAGAUCAAAGUCUUUGUUUCAUGAAGCUACCAAACUUUAAAAAGAAUGUCACCUUUUUUUUUUCCUUUGUUAUGGAACCCAGAGAUUAUAAAGAGAAAAAAGUUCUUGUUGCAUUUUUGAUGCUGGCAUGAGGUUUUUGUCCACUUUUUUUCAUAUAUCUGCGUAUAAAAAAUUCUGUCCAUUGUGUACUAUGGGAUUAGUAUUACAUUUCAAGGUAAACAAAAGAAUUUGUAUUGCUUGAUAAACUGUUAGCUUGUAAAUUUAAAACAGGUUUCUUUACCUCAAUUAACUUAAAGUAAUGGACCAAUAAACCUAUAAAAGACGCUUUCUUUACCUUGAGUCACGUUCCGUUUGUACGGCUUUAUAGGACGGGGAAACAUGCGUGCCUCUUAUUUUCUCUGAAGAGGUAUCCAUUUGCCUGCAAGAAUCAGGAUAUGCAUAGCGACAG